AUGAGUGAGCCAGGGCCACAGGAGGCUAUGAAGUUUGAGAUUCUAAAAGCCUUUGGCAAUGGCCCGAGGCUGGCUAAGCUCGCUGUUGCCGGCAGGAAAGCCAUCGAGACUCCAAACUUUGUCACAGUCACCUCCCGUGGAACUGUUCCUCAUGUCACUCCAGACAACCUCACAAAGCAUGACUUAGUCAAUGCCUCGUACUUUGGCCUUGAAGACUUCAUAGAGCUGCACCAGAAGAACCCAGCAAGACGACCGCCCAUCUUCCAGACACCGCCUUCCAAGUCCGGGGCUUCUCCUUUAUAUUCCUUCACAGGGACACCGUUGUCUACCAUCUCCGUCCUCGCGCCCCGCCGUAUCCCGGCCGUCACUGCGCCCAUGGGAAACGGCAACGACUUCCUCUCCGUCUUCACGUCGACCGGGUUUAGGAACCUCACGGUCGGCGAGUACGCCUCCGCCAUCGACGCCCUGCGGCCGGACGUCGCCAUCGCCAUGGCCGACCUCACCUACGGCAACAAGAAGACGACCCCCCUGUCCAAGCGCGCGAUCCGCAUGGCCGAGCGCAGCGACGACUGGAUCCACAGCCUCGCCAAUGCCCUCGGCCAGACGCCGUCCGGUACCGCGCUGUUCGCGCCGACCCUUCCACUCCCUUACUCCACGCAGUGGGAGUACCUCGAGACCCUCUCCGAGAUGACGGACAGGAUACGCGGCCUCGCCGUCUACGACGUCGACAUCAUCCCGGACCUCAAGGACUACCCCCCUCUCCUGCCCCUGCCGCGCCUCUCCCUCGACGCCCCGGUCUCCCCGCACCACAUCCUCCGCCAAGUCGCCCUGGGCGCCGACAUCCUCGCCCUGCCGCUCCUCAACACCGUCUCCGACUCGGGCGUCGCCCUGACCUUCACAUUCCCCCCUCCCCCUCCCUCAUCCUCCAGCACCAGCCCCAUGCCGCUCGGCAUCGACCUCUCCCACGAGUCGCACCAGACCGCCCUCGCGCCCCUGAUGCAAGGCUGCACCUGCUACGCCUGCGCGGCCCACCACCGCGCCUACGUGAACCACCUCCUCUCGGCCCGCGAGAUGCUCGCCUGGACCCUGCUCCAGAUCCACAACCACCACGUGCUCAACGCCUUCUUCGCCGGCGUGCGCGCGAGCCUCCGCAGUGGCGAGGAGCAGUUCGAGGCCGACCGCGAGGCCUUCAUGCGCGCCUACGAGCCCGAGGUGCCGGCCGGUAGCGGCAGCCGGCCCCGGGCCAGGGGGUACCACCUCAAGAGCGCGGGCGGGGACGACAGGUUGAACAAGUCCUCGUGGGGAAAGUAUGGUGACGGAUCUAGUUGGCCGGAGCCGGAGCCGGCGGCGGGAGGUGGGACGCCUGCUGGGAUGGACGGCGCGCCCCCGGUGCGGAGCACGACGGAGACGCCGCUUGUGCCGGAGGGGGAUGCGACGGAGUUGGAUCAGAAAGGGUUUGCUGAGAUUGAUAGGUAG